CUACGAAACCUAAAUUUAGCACCAUUACGUCUUGGAAUUUCACAUACUGAAUUUACCGUUUGGAAAGCCCAAGCCAGAAAUAUACUGGAGCGUGUAUACACCGCAAAGUAUUUACGAUAUGGCCGAGAUCAACUUUGGUUUGGAGAACCCCAUGGGCUUGGGGAGCAAUGACUUGAGUCGGCUUCUCAUGGACGGGACUACGGAACUGCUGACUAUGGACCCCAGCGACAACGAUCUUGUCCAGCAACUUAUUGCCACUCAGACCCAACAGGAAAACAACUUAUUUCAGACAGGGACACAAUUCCCCCUGAAUCAGACACAGCCCUCAAAGCCCCCCAAACAGGCGAGCGGCAGAUCCUCUCAUAAUAAGACCCCUGACGGAAUAUACGUGGAAAUCACGGAGCAGCCCAAACAGAGGGGGCUUCGGUUCCGUUACGAGUGUGAGGGGCGGUCAGCGGGCAGCAUCCCCGGGGAGAACAGUACCUCCGAGAAAAAGACGUUUCCUACCAUCAAAAUACAUAACUACACUGGCACAGCUGUGAUCGUGGUGUCCUGUGUCACCAAAGACCAGCCCUAUGAACCCCACCCCCACAAUCUGGUGGGGAGGGACUGUAAGAGGGGAGUGUGCACUCUGAAGGUCAAGGACACCAAUGUCAUCAGUUUUCCACACCUAGGUAUUCAGUGUGCCAAGAAAAAGGAUGUGGAGAAUAACUUAAAGCAGAGGAAAGAAAUCAAUGUGGAUCCUUUCCAGAGUGGCUUUAGACACUUAAACAAAGUUAACAGUAUAGACCUAAAUGUGGUACGACUCUGUUUCCAAGUUUUCCUUCCUGACGAGAGUGGAAAAAUCACCCGCAUUGUUCCCCCUGUGGUAUCUCACUGCAUUCACGAUAAAAAAUCUCUAAAUGAGUUGAUCAUCUGUCGAGUUGACCGGUCGUCAGGGAAAGCUAAGGGAGGUGAUGAAGUCUUCUUACUCUGUGAAAAAAUCAACAGAGAUGACAUUGUUGUGAGAUUUUAUGAGGAGACGGAAUUCGGUGAAUGCCUCUGGGAAGAUUUCGCCGACUUCAGCACAAACGACAUCCACAGACAGUAUGCCAUUGUGUUCCGUACUCCGCCUUACAAAGAUACAAUGAUCACGAGACCAAAGGAAGUUAAGAUGCAACUCAAACGCAACAAUGAGCCAGAAACCAGUGACCCCAUCCCCUUCAUUUACAUGCCUGAAGAUCCAGAUCCUGACAGAAUCAUGGAGAAAAGAAAGAGAAAGGCUGAUCAGCUGAAGAACUGGGGCUUUGAUGUGAAUGUGUCUGGAGAUGACCUUAAACAGAGACUCAAACUGAAGGCCACAAAGUCAAGGAUCAAGCAAGAAGCUCCUGAGGUGCCAGGUUACAGCAUGGAGAACAUUCUGGGCGCUGGAGCUCAUCAAAUGACAGCAACUUCCAGCGUCACGACAACUCUUACCAAGGAAGGAACAUCCCUCAAUGUCCGAACUCUGGACAACACAACGAUGGGCAGCGUGACCAUUACCCCCACGGACAGCGUACGACAACAGCUGGCAAACCUUCCCGAUGACGUCCAAAACAAACUGCUUCAGAUCAUCGCCAAUCGUAAACUCCAGGAAGAGGCCUCCAGCAGAAUGAACCAGGGCACAAUGGACUCUAAAGACACAAACGCAUUUCUUCAGUCUCUAAUCGGUGGGGGCGUCCCCUUGCCCCAGACCUCUAACCCCGCCCAAACUCCCGCCCAGAAUAUCAUGCUGCCCAGCGGCCCCGCCAUGCCUCAGAAUCCCGGUAUGGAACAGGACAAUGUAGACUUAAUGUUUCAGGCUUAUCUUGGUGACCAGGAACAAAACAUGUCCUUUGACAGCUUCGGUUGUAACAUUGGAAACGAUAUGAACUUUGACCCUAAUGUGGCAGCCAUGAUUAAUGUAUCAAGUGAACAAGGGGGCAUGGACGAGACAAGGGCAGCUGUGCAUUCACUGAAUCAGUCCUGAGACCCCCCUGUCAACAGGGUUAGGCAUUGUGUAAUUUACUGCUAUGUGUUAAUGCGGGUAGUGACUGGUUUUUCCUCACAGUAUGUCAGCUUUUUGUGUGAAAAUCUGUGUUUGAUGGGGAAAACAUCCAAGCAGGAGUGAGACCACCCAACAAAAGCAUUCCCAGCAGAAUUAAAAUAACCUAGUCAGCGGGAAUAUUCCUAAAAAUAGGUCAGUAGACAAUGGAGAUUUAAAUAUACCCGAUUACAAGUACACCUGAGACAUGCCUGAGCUGGCCGUCACAUAGUGGAAGUGGAAAUAUACAAACCAGGAAGUAGAACCACCCACUCAGUGCUCCAGGAAGUGAAACUUGACCUGUUGACCCCUCUGUUUAUAUUUAGAUUGUGAAACUGAAAGUAAGGAGAUUAGCCAUAUCUUUAAAUAGAUAUUGGGAGUGUGUGGGAGUCAUAUAUAUAUAAAUAUAUAGUUGGAAUGAGAUGUGAGAGAAGAUUGGAAAGUACCUAAAUCUAUUUUAAUAUACUACAAAUAUACGUGUACAUACAUGUGUACAGUGCUCACAAUAAUUCAUAGUGCUCAUAAUGAAAUGUUUAAUAUAGUUGUAUAUAUAAUUAUAUAUAUAUGUGAAUAAAAUUCUUGUAAAUAAUUCCUCAUAGUGCUCUCAUAACAUGCGAUUGUGACAUGGUUUGGUUGUCAGUACAUGUAUAUUGUUUUAAGAUGACUUUUUUUUUUGUAAAUAUAUAUUUACAUUUUUUUAAAUUGCAUUUUUUAUGUGUAUAACUACAGCUUCAUGUCAAUAAAAUCAUAAACAGUUUCCUA